AUGGCAGACACAGCAUCGGCAACGCAUGCCACAUAUGUCGAGGCACAGCCGGUCGUUACGACACCGGCGGAGACAUCAGAUGUCUCGCGUGUCGAGGCACCCGUCACUCUGAAGACAUAUUUGAUGUGUGCCUUUGCCGCAUUCGGUGGUAUCUUCUUUGGUUAUGACUCGGGAUAUAUUAACGGUGUCAUGGGAAUGAAGUAUUUUAUUCACGAGUUUGAAGGUUUGCCCUACGAUACACCUACGGAACAGUAUUUCCUUCCCUCAUGGAAGAAGUCUCUGAUCACCUCCAUCUUGUCUGCGGGUACAUUCUUUGGUGCGUUGAUUGCCGGUGAUCUGGCCGACUGGUUUGGUCGUCGGACCACGAUUAUCAGCGGAUGUGGCGUCUUCAUCCUUGGUGUGGCCCUUCAGACUGCCUCCUCCUCUGUGCCAUUGCUUGUCGUCGGCCGUCUUAUUGCCGGAUUCGGUGUCGGCUUCGUCUCCGCUAUCAUUAUUCUGUACAUGUCAGAGAUUGCUCCCCGCAAAGUCCGUGGUGCUAUUGUUUCUGGCUACCAAUUCUGUAUCACCCUUGGUUUGAUGCUUGCAUCCUGCGUUAAUUAUGGCACUCAGGGUCGCAUGGAUUCCGGCUCAUACCGCAUCCCUAUUGGUCUUCAAAUUGGAUGGGCUCUGAUCCUCGCCAUUGGCCUGUUUAUCCUUCCCGAAUCUCCCCGUUACUAUGUCCGGAAGAACCAGCUUGAUAAGGCUGCCCACGUGCUGGCCCGUGUACGAGACCAGCCCAGGGAUUCCGAGUUUAUCAAGCAGGAGUUGGCCGAGAUCGUUGCCAACAACGAAUACGAGAUGCAGGCGAUCCCUCAGGGCGGCUACUUCACCAGCUGGUUCAACUGCUUCCGGGGAAGCAUUUUCUCCCCUAACAGCAAUCUGCGCCGUACUGUGCUUGGCACUUCGCUUCAGAUGAUGCAGCAAUGGACCGGUGUGAACUUUGUCUUCUACUUCGGUACAACGUUCUUCCAAUCGCUCGGCACCAUCAGUGACCCCUUCCUGAUCAGCAUGAUCACCACCAUUGUCAACGUGUGCUCCACCCCCAUCUCGUUCUACACUAUGGAGAAACUCGGUCGUCGCUCCCUGCUUCUGUGGGGUGCCUUGGGCAUGGUCAUCUGCCAGUUCAUCGUGGCCAUUAUCGGCACCGUCGACGGUGGUAACAACAGCGCGGUCAGCGCCGAAAUCUCAUUCAUCUGCAUUUACAUCUUCUUCUUCGCCUCCACUUGGGGUCCCGGAGCGUGGGUCGUGAUUGGAGAGAUUUACCCUCUUCCCAUCCGUUCCAGAGGUGUUGCUUUGUCAACUGCUUCGAACUGGCUAUGGAACUGCAUCAUCGCGGUCAUCACACCCUACAUGGUGGACCCGGACAAGGGUAAUCUCAAGGCGAAGGUGUUCUUCAUCUGGGGCUCACUCUGUGCCUGCGCUUUUGUCUAUACUUAUUUCCUUAUCCCCGAGACCAAGGGCCUCACCCUCGAGCAGGUGGACAAGAUGAUGGAGGAGACUACGCCGAGAACCUCGGCCAAGUGGAAGCCUCAUACUACCUUUGCUGCUGAGAUGGGUCUUACCGAGAAGGAAAUUUCUGCCAAGGUGGGCAAUAUCGAGCACAGUGAGAACGUGGAAUACAAAGUCUAG